UAUGACCCCUUUGAAGCUCUGUCUCCGUCUUUCUUUCUGUUUUUUUUCCCUUCGCUUCUUUCUUCUAAACAUAAAUUAGAAGAUUCCAAAUCUAUGAUGAAACCAUUAGCAUGAUCGAGUUUCCAUGCAAUUUUAUUAAACAUAAACUCAGAAUACCUUCGUUUAGGCACUUAUUUAACCCAAAACAAUAUAUAUUUUAGAUAUCACCAUUUCUUCUUGUGGUAAUUUCUCUCUUGUCACCUAUUAAGAAGCUGAUUUUUUUUGGGUCUUUUGCCUCUUGAAGUUUCUCACUGUGGCAUUAAUAAACCAAGGAAAAACGUUAUACCCGGAAUCAUGUCGUGUGUGGCAGCACGUACUGGGCGACAACGACAGCGUUAUGAAGACAAUAUGCGACUCGUUUCUGGAUGUAUUCCCUAUAGAUGGAAAAAGGGAAAAGUAGAUCAAAUGGGAGAUGCAGAGGAGAUAAUAGAAGUGCUUAUGAUUUCUUCACCAAAACGUGAUGACCUUGUGUUUCCAAAGGGUGGAUGGGAGGAUGAUGAGACUGUUACAGAAGCUGCUUGCCGUGAAGCGCUAGAGGAAGCAGGAGUCAAAGGGAUUGUAAGGGAAAUUCCCUUGGGAAGAUGGGAGUUCAGAAGCAAAAGCAGUAAUGAUUCAUGUAGCCAGGAAGGAUGGUGUAGAGGGUACAUGUUUGCCUUGGAGGUCACUGAAGAACUUGAGACUUGGCCAGAGCAGAAAGACCAUAAUCGCCAAUGGGUAAACAUAAAAGAGGCAUUCAGACUAAGCCGAUAUGACUGGAUGUGCAAGGCAUUGGAGGUGUUUUUAAGAGUUAUGGCAGAGGAAAGAAAGCUAAAGAAGGAGGAAAAUAAUGUUGAUUCUUCUUCAAGUUCAGUGCUAGAUGUGUCAGAAAAUCAAAAUAUGUCAUCCAAAUACUAUAAAAGAACAACUACCACACAACACCAUAGUAUGUCAUCAAGAACCAAUAUCCUGGCCCAUGCUUCCCAGGAGAUAGCUAUCCAUUUUGGUUAUUGACACUACUCUUGCAGUGUGCUUCUUUAUGUGGCACAGUAACUUCCAUUUUGAAAAAAAAUAUAUAUUUGUAAUCACACUGUCACAGUUGGUUUGCUUGAACACUUGCAAACUUAAUUUAGGGUAAUUUUAAUUAUGAAAAAGUGAUUUUGGCUCAAAAUUGAUCUCGAACUAAAUUGACUUAUGUUAAAAGUAAGCUUGCAAUAAAAUUUGGCAUUUAUUUUUUGAUCAA